AGGCAUGCUGUCAUCAAAAGUCGAGGAAAUGUUUGUGACAAGAUCGAGUCGAGUAAAAUCGGUGGACCUUCAUCCCACGGAAACGUGGCUAUUGGCAGCCCUCUACAGUGGAAGCGUUCAGAUGUGGGAUUACAAGACUCAGCUGCUUCUGAAGUCUUUCAAAAUAUGUGAUUUGCCAGUGCGCGCUGCCAAGUUUAUUUCCCGCAGAAAUUGGAUUGUUACUGGCUCAGAUGACAUGCAUAAUGUGCUAGCCAACUCGUCUAUUUUUGACUUCAUCACAACCGCGCGCGAAUUCUCGUCCAAGCCCAUUACGUUUACAUGCUCGAUGGAUGCGCCAGGUUGA